GGAGACUUUGCCCUCUCUCCCCAACGCACAUUGUUCAGCCUCAUCUGAAUGCAAGAGAAAGUGUCGCACUCCCUGGAACUCUGUGCGGUCAGUGGGGAAAACUAAUAGACUCUUGGAUCGUUGUCAGCAGCAGUGUUCGGAGACGAGCGUUUAAAGGUUUUACUUUUGGGCUGUUUGGUUUGAGUCCGGGAGGCCAAAAUGGAAAUGCACUUGGCAGAGGCCCCAGGCACGGUGAAGGUCACAGAGUGGCAGCAGUCGUAUUACGGGACAGAUUCAGGCAUCCAAUCAGGAGCCACUACGGUUCGCUCAGACGAAAAUGGAACAGAGUACAGCAACAAGAAAUUCACCUACACUACCACAUUCACAGAGAACCCUGCAGAGGUGGAGUCUCAAUUAAAUCUGACCCGUGCCCAGCGUUUGAGGGCGGCCAUGUUUCCUGAGACGUUGUUGGAGGGAUCGGCCAUCCUUUCCACACAGAUCGAUCCGUCCCAGCAGACCAAUGUUCAGAAGCUAGCCGAACCAUCUCAGCAACUCAAAGCCGCCAUCGUUCACCUCAUCAACUACCAGGAUGAUGCUGAACUCGCUACACGCGCCAUUCCAGAGCUAACCAAACUCCUCAACGAUGAAGACCAGGUCGUGGUGAAUAAGGCAGCUAUGAUCGUGAACCAGCUGACCCGCAAGGAUGCGUCCCGCCGGGCUCUGAUGCAGUCCCCGCAGAUGGUGGCCGCCGUAGUGAGAGCCAUGCAGAACACGUCCGACAUGGAGACGACUCGCGCCACAGCCAGCAUCCUGCACAACCUCUCACACCACCGCGAGGGGCUGCUCGCCAUCUUCAAAUCAGGGGGCAUUCCAGCUCUGGUGCGCAUGCUGAGUUCUCCGAUGGAUUCUGUUCUUUUCUAUGCCAUCACCACCCUGCAUAACCUGCUUCUGCACCAAGAGGGAGCCAAGAUGGCAGUGCGUCUGGCUGACGGUCUGCAGAGGAUGGUUCCCCUGCUGAAGAAAAGCAACCCCAAGUUCCUGGCCAUCACCACAGACUGCCUACAGCUGCUGUCCUAUGGCAACCAGGAGAGCAAGCUGAUUAUUCUUGCAAACGGUGGCCCUGAGGGUCUAGUGAGCAUCAUGAGAACCUACAACUAUGAGAAGCUGCUCUGGACCACUAGCCGUGUGCUCAAAGUGCUCUCUGUCUGCCCGAGUAACAAGCCUGCUAUUGUAGAUGCUGGUGGAAUGCAAGCUCUUGGUAAGCAUCUGACUGGCUCUAGUCAACGUCUGAUGCAAAACUGCCUGUGGACCUUGAGAAACUUGUCAGACGCUGCAACCAAACAGGACGGAAUGGAAAAUCUGCUCCAAGUGCUAGUUGGUCUGCUGUCAUCUGAUGACAUCAACAUGUUGACCUGUGCAACAGGCAUCCUGUCCAACCUCACCUGCAACAACACACGCAACAAAACACAGGUGACCCAGAGUAACGGUGUGGAGGCACUGAUUCACACCAUCCUGAGGGCCGGUUCAAAACAGGACGUGAUCGAGCCAGCUGUCUGUGCCCUUCGCCACCUCACCAGCCGGCACCCGGAUGCUGAGACAGCACAGAAUGCCGUACGAACCGAUUACGGCAUCCCCGCUAUUGUCAAAUUGCUCAAUCAGCCCUACUACUGGCCCGUCAUUAAGGCUGUGGUUGGUCUGAUCCGUAACCUGGCACUUUUACCAGCCAAUCAGGGUCCUUUGAGAGACGCUGAAGUCAUUCCCAAACUGGUCACUUUGCUUUCAAAAGCUCAUCAGGAUGCACAGAAACAUGGUUCAUCUGCUCAACAACAAUACCAGGAUGGAGUGAGAAUGGAAGAGAUCGUGGAGGGCAGCACUGGUGCUCUGCAUAUUCUGGCCAGAGAUCCUAUUAACAAAGGCACCCUUGCCGGCAUGGGCACAAUUCCUCUGUUUGUUCAGCUGUUGUAUUCUCCAUUGGAUAACGUCAAGCGUGUGGCAGCUGGUGUUCUGUGUGAACUGGCUCUUGAUAAAACGUCGGCUGAGAUCAUUGAUUCGGAAGGAGCCUGUGCGCCUCUCAUGGAGCUCCUCCAUUCCAGCAACGAAGGAAUUGCCACCUAUGCCGCUGCUGUGCUCUUCCGAAUUUCUGAGGACAAAAACCCUGACUAUAAGAAACGAGUAUCAGUGGAGCUCACACACUCGCUCUUCAAACAUGACCCUGGUGCUUGGGAGAUGGCACACACCACCAUGAUGGAUCAGGGCCUUCCAGAGGACGAUGGCGAAGGCUACGGCCCCCCCGUAGGAUAUCAAGGAUACAAUGAUGGCAUGCAUAUGGAUGGCAUGCCUCUAGAUCAAGAAAUGCAAGAUGAAUAUGGACAUAACAUGGGUUACAACUCCAUGCUCAGACCCUCCUACCCUGAUAACUACUAACCGCCUGAUGAUGAAUUGAGCUCCACUGAAAGAGGAUUAUAAAAAAUACACUAGACAGAAACUCCCAGCAGAGUUUUUUUUUUUCAUCGCUGGGUGCCUGUGGUCCAUUUCUCAGUAAACACUCACUGACACUGCUGUAAUAUAUGCAAUUCUCGCUGUGCUGGGAGAGGCAGAAUCGAGCAACUUUACCUUGCCUUUAUACAAGGAUGACAGCAUGUUGCAUUUUACAUGUCUUUUUGUAGAAAAUGUUAUAUUUUAGUGUUUCUUAUGGGUGCAUUAAUACUUUGUUGGUAAGAGGAAUGGUUAACUAUGCCAAAGAGAUUUUAUUCAAAUAUUUUAUAAUGAUAAUCACGUUGCUUUUUAUAGGUUUAAGAUUUUGGAAAAUGCAAUCAAUGAUUUAGACUUGCGAUCUCACAAUAACUGACCUGAGGUCAGCUUUAUGGCUUCGUUCACAGUGGUUUUAGUCAGACGGGUGACCGGAGCUGAUCGGGAAUCAGCGUUAGUGAGCUGAAAUGCCUGGAAUGUUGAUUUUCUACAGCGCUUGGAUCUCAGUGCAGUGCAUUAUAUUUCCUCCCUUAACUGAGACUGUCAAAUACUGGAGUUCUUUUGAACUUUUCCCACUUGUUUUUUUUUCUUCACUCCAUAUAUUUGUUCUGCUGAAACUGUCUUAAUGUAUCGACAAGGAAAUAGUGAUUUUGUUUGUCUUGCAAUGCAAUGUGUAUGGAGAUUUUUUUCUUAUUGUUUGCGUGAGGAAUAAAUGCCGUGCUGAUUAAAAGGGACUAAUGUUUAACUAAACGAUUAAACCGUGUUAUAAAAAACUAGCUCCACAUUUGUUCACAUAUUAACUGACAAAGGGAUUCUUUGUAGCAUUUUUACUUCAUACUUUGUCCAAAAAAAAAGAAAUAAAACCAUGUUAUCUAAUGCUUUGUGACUGGGAUGUUGAAAUUGUUUAAGUGUGAACACUAGUGAGAUCAUUUCAUAACACUGUAACAAAGUUUUAUUGGGAUUCAGAGAUGAUUUUCCAGCUCAAUGUCUAUUACAGUAUACAACAUAAAUGAAAGAGUGCAGAUACCAGA